GUUAAAGUUAACCCAUCACAACAUACUUAACUUUAAACCAAAUAUAAAAGGUUUCUUCGCCAGUCACAACUUCCAUUCUCUCCGGAGAGCUUAGGUCCCGUCAAAGAUUAAACAUCUGAAAAUGGAGAUCACAAACGUUACCGAGUAUGAAGCGAUUGCAAAGGAGAAGUUGCCUAAGAUGGUAUACGACUACUAUGCCUCUGGAGCAGAAGACCAAUGGACUCUUGAAGAGAACAGAAACGCUUUCGCAAGAAUCCUCUUUCGACCUCGGAUUCUCAUCGAUGUGAGCAGGAUUGAUAUGACAACAACCAUAUUGGGUUUCAAGAUCUCCAUGCCCAUCAUGGUUGCUCCUACUGCCAUGCAGAAGAUGGCUCACCCUGAAGGAGAAUAUGCUACGGCUAGAGCUGCCUCUGCUGCUGGAACUAUCAUGACACUAUCUUCAUGGGCUACUUCCAGUGUUGAGGAAGUUGCUUCCACAGGGCCAGGGAUUCGGUUUUUCCAGCUCUAUGUAUACAAGAACAGGAAAGUGGUUGAGCAGCUUGUGAGAAGAGCCGAGAGGGCAGGGUUCAAAGCCAUUGCUCUCACUGUAGACACCCCAAGGCUAGGUCGCAGAGAGUCUGACAUCAAGAACAGGUUCACUUUGCCACCACACCUGACAUUGAAGAACUUUGAAGGUCUUGACCUCGGCAAGAUGGACGAGGCCAAUGACUCUGGUUUGGCUUCAUAUGUUAGUGGUCAAAUUGACCGUACCUUAAGCUGGAAGGAUGUCCAGUGGCUCCAGACAAUCACCAAAAUGCCAAUUCUCGUCAAGGGUGUGAUUACAGGAGAGGAUGCAAGGAUAGCGGUUCAAGCUGGAGCAGCAGGGAUCAUUGUAUCAAACCAUGGAGCUCGCCAGCUUGACUAUGUCCCAGCAACAAUCUCAGCCCUUGAAGAGGUUGUCAAAGCGACACAAGGACGAAUCCCUGUGUUCUUGGAUGGUGGUGUUCGCCGUGGCACUGAUGUUUUCAAGGCACUUGCUCUCGGAGCCUCAGGGAUAUUUAUUGGAAGACCAGUGGUGUUCUCACUUGCUGCUGAAGGAGAAGCUGGAGUCAGAAAAGUGCUUCAGAUGCUACGUGACGAGUUCGAGCUGACAAUGGCACUAAGUGGCUGCAGGACUCUCAAGGAAAUCACCCGUAACCACAUCACCACCGAAUGGGACACCCCACGCCCUUUGGCCAGGUUAUAGAGAGACCAAAAACAACCAGCGAACAUGUAAUGUAAUCCCUAAGCAUUCACUUGGCUUUCUACUAUUCUCUAUCUAUCUAAAGACUUGUUUCUCCCUAUGUUUCGAAUCACAAACCAUGCCUAGUGAUUCUGUAAUGUUAUUUGUCUUCUUCUACUUACACUCCAUUCUUCUUGCGUA